AUGGUCAGGCACGUGAGGGUACACGGUGGCCGGACCUUCUGCCGCCUUGGAGCCCGCAUCAAGGAGGUUGAGUCUUCUGCCCUUCAGAUGUGUGCUCAGCACAGCUCAGCCUCUACGCUGGUUCUGGAUGCCAGGAUCGGCGACAUCAAAGACCAACAGUCUGAGACCCUCAAGCGCGACUUCAUAUCCAUGGUGGACCACAUGCUGGAUACAGGGAAGCGACUUAUAAUAUCCGGCCCACUUCCCCCGACGCGUUAUGGCGAUGUCACCAACAGUCGCCUCCGCCAGCUGGACCUGUGGCUCAAGGGCUUCUGUCUGGGGAGAAGUAUCCCAUAUGUGGACAGUUUUAUUGCUUUUUUAAACAGACCCCACCUUUUUAAAUCUGACGGCCUUCACCCGAACCAGGAGGGGUCAAGGCUUUUAUCAGUAAAUAUUGACCUGAUGCUCCGUUCCUGCACAACCACCUCCUGA